AUGCUGGGUACACGUGGAAUGGACAAACUCAUCUACGAUGAUAAAGGGAAUACCACCAUAUCCAAUGAUGGGUCCACCAUCAUGAAGCUGCUUGAUAUUGUCCAUCCUACCGCCAAGAUUCUCGUUGACAUCGCCAAGUCUCAGGACUUUGAGGUUGGUGAUGGGACAACAACAGUGGUGCUUUUGUCUGGUGAGUUCCUAAAGGAGGCAAAACCUUUUAUUGAAGAUGGAGUUCAUGCCCAAAAUCUUAUUCGAAGUUACCGGACUGCAUCUUUUUUGGCCAUCAACAAAAUUAAAGAUCUUGCUGUAAGCAUUGAGGGAAAAAGUCUUGAAGAGAAGAAAUCCUUGCUAGCUAAAUGUGCAGCUACUACACUUUCUUCAAAGUUAAUUGGUGGUGAGAAGGAGUUUUUUGCAAACAUGGUUGUGGAGGUUGUCCUUGCAAUUGGCAAUGAUGAUAGGCUUAAUUUGAUUGGGAUAAAAAAGUUUUUAUAA